UGAUGAUUUUAGCCUUUAGAUUUCUUUCUUUUUUUUGAGCUUUAGCUUACGAAAGAGAAGAAGAAGUGCAGAAAGCCGGCUGCUUCUCCCUCACCCUCCCUCCCUCCCUCCAUCGUCUCUCUCUCUUGCUCACACACAUCCCCAUCACAUCCACACCCACACCCUGCAUCAGUCUCUCUCACGCCAGCCCUUUACUAUUCCCCUUUAACCCCUCCAACUACAUUUAUUUUUUUAUUUCCUCCGGUGAGGAGAUGCUCAUCUGACCCCUCCCUUUUCUUUCCAAAUCCAAGACUUUUGUGGAUGGUCUUCCUCUUUAAUCCGUCCCUGCUCUGCUACUUUGUUGCUACCUGUGGAGGUUUCCCCAGUUUUCUGGUUUUUCUUCUGCCAGCCGUCACACAGAGUGCAGCCCCGCAGAGAGUCAUCAUGCUGGGAUUGGACGUGUGUGAGUUUGGGGGUCAGGUGCUGGAGAUGCUGUGGUUAACAAUGUGCUACAGAGGUCUAAUGGCUGACAAAAAGGAUUGGCCUAUUGAGGAUGAAGAGGAUGACAGAAACCUAAACUACAUUGCUCCGGUCCAGAAGAGUUUGGAGGAGAUUCGGCAACUGGACAAAGAUGACGAGAGUCUCGUCAAGUACAAGCAGACCCUGCUGGGGAGGGAAACACUGCCGUCAGACCCCACGGCCUGUAACGUCCAGGUGACCAGACUGACCCUGCUGUGUGACGAGGCUCCUGAACCAAUCACCAUGGACCUGACAGAUGAUCUGGGGGCUCUGAAGGAGACGACCUUCUCUCUAAAGGAAGGAGUGACGUACAGACUAAAGAUUCACUUCAAGGUGAACAGAGAAAUUGUUGCUGGCUUGCGGUACCAUCAAGUGACCACCAGAAAAGGAAUAAAAGUGAACAAGGCGACGCACAUGGUGGGAAGUUACGGCCCAAAGGAAGAGGAGCACGAGUUUAUUUGCCCGACCGAUGAGGCACCCAAAGGCCUGAUGUCACGUGGCUACUAUCAGGUCAAGUCCUGCUUCAUCGACGACGACAAGAACACCUACUUGGAAUGGGAGUGGAACUUCAACAUCACUAAGGACUGGAAGGAAUAGAUAAAGAGAGAGUGAGAGAGAGAUGAUGCUACUCUUCCCUUCUUUCACUCCUAUUCUUCACCUCCCUCUUUUUUCCCCCCUUUCAACCUCCUCCAUCUCGUCCCGUGAGAGCAGCCUUGCAAUGGCCUGAGACGGGAGGCUCUACUUCUCCUUCCCUUCAUCCCUAUUCUCCUCUUCUACCUUUUCUUCCUUGUGUGGUAAAUGCAGGGAAAGAAUGAGAAAGAAUCCCCCCCCUCUCUCUCUGCCUUCUAUCCCUACAUAUUCUUCUUUCAGAUUCUUCUACAUCUAUAUCGCAUCCACCCAGAGUUGUCCAGAUGACGAAGCUUUUUGGAUGACAAAGUCUCCUUUUCCUUUUAGCUACAUGCCUACCCUGCCUCCAUAAAGCAGCAGUGGCGCCUCUACAAAAGCAGGCGAUUAAGGGAAAUCAGUUUGUGGCACAAAGGGCAAUACUUGCCUGAGAAUCAUCAUGUUUUUAAGCUUUCUUCUAUCAAAGUAAUCCAGUGAUAGUUGUCCAAUCCAUGGGUACACUGCAAACAGGAACGUCUAACAGCUAAUUCGGCAUAUUUUAAACAGUGCCAUGAGCUAAAAAAAAAAAUUAGUUGGCUUAAGUUGUAGUCCACCACAUAACUCACUGAAUCUAUUGCAGCAAUAUACUUCCUGUUUACAUCCCCCAAUACAUUAUGAGAGCAUGAUUAUCCCCCAAAUAGAGGUAUGAAUUAUACAUACAAACAAUAAUAAUAAUAAUAAUAAUAUAAUAAUAGGAUUGACAAAAUCCAGUUGUCUCUGUUUUGUCCGUCUUAGAAUAAAUUAGGAAAAGAUAAGAAGAUGCAGUUGGAGAUGCAUCGAUAUUUCAUCUGCUUUCUCAUUUUUCUGUUGCGUCUUUCUCCACAUUUUUCGGGAGUUAGAAAUGUAACUGUAGGUGUCAGUUAGAUCAUGUAUUUUCUUUAUGUAUUUCUUUAGUUAAAGCAUUUAUUUUUUUAUCAUAUGUGAAAGGGUAUUGAGUAAUAGCAUACAUCAUUCAACAUCAAUUCUACAGGAAGUAAAGGAAUGUUUUAGAAUCCUAUAAAAAGAUGAUCCUCCAAUUAUCCAAAUAUUGUCUUUUCAAAUCAUUGAUAAACUGGGAUGAACAGAUGGAUCACCUCUUCUCACAAAGUGCACAACAUGCAUCUUUGACUUGUGUUUUGUCAAACUUAGACAUGGUAUAUUUUAACAUUGCAGUUUGCUUUCAAAGCGUCAGUUUUCUCGAGUCUUUGUGGAGCGUUUCGAAAGAGCAGACCAAUUAUUGACUGUAACUGAACCGUGCAUAUUUUAGAAAAGAUGCAUGUACUAUUCAUUCAGUAAAAAUUAACUAAAUUUGCCCUUUCAAAACCUCUCUCAUAUAAGGACACAAGAUGUGAAUAAAAUUCUGCUUUGAAUAAUAGUAAAACAUUUGAAGAUGGUAGCUGAAAGAUGGAGUACUGUCUGAGAAGUAUAUAAAGGGAUGAAUUAAUUCCCCUUAAAAAAAUAAGAAAUAUCAUUAUUGUGUUAAGUCUUUGGAUAUGAUAUUGUCAUCGUUGCUGAACAUAUUGAAGAUUGAAAUACCAUUUGAAAUCGUUGUGAUCUAAGACUAACUGUAAAUGUUGGCUUGUUGGGUGUUGCAUGGUUUAGCAAGUUUCUCUCUUCCUUUUUUACGACUUUAUUGUAAAAUUUAAUGUGAUUAAAAAAAAAAAAAUACUGACGCAAUAUCCAGAUGUCAAUGGUUGCCAUAUACUGCAGAUACAGUAUUUACAGGGAUAUUUUUAAAGGCACAGACAUCUGAAAACAUUUGUCUGUUUAAUUCCCCAGCCUGUAACUAACAAGUGCUGCAUCCUCAAAUAUUGGUGUCAAAUAUCCUGUAUCUUUUAAUAAAGGCAAUUCAAGCAACCAA